AUGGCUCAAAAAACAUUAUUUUUAAUAUUGCUAGCUACAUUUUUGUCCAUAUUAUCUAUAUCUUUUUGGAUUUUGUAUGAAAGUAAUAUAGAGAGCGUUUCAGAUUAUGUUGAACAAACUUCGGAUGACUUUGAGCAAACUUCAAAUGAGUUUAAAUCAACUUCGAAUAAAUUUGAACCAACCUCAAAUGACAUUGAAAGUUCAAAUAAAUCAACCCUUGCUCCUAAUGUUCCAAUAUCAAUCGUAGAUGAGCAUACGAAUGAAGACUCGAAAAUGGAGGUAGUCACCGCCGCAUACUUAAAUAUUCAUUAUUACAUUAAGUAUUUAAAAAUACUGCGUGAACAACAUAAUAAAAUGCUUUACGAUAUUCUUCAUGAAGCUGAUUUAGCUGUUGCCAAUACAAGCGUCUAUUCUGUUACGUUAAAAACCCAACUUGCCCCAUCUAAAGAUCUACAUGAUUAUAUGUCUUUGGCUCGUUAUUUUUGGCCAAACCCUGAAACCAAGGAUGGGUUACCAUAUAUUAGGCGAGAUGGUUUUUCUAAUCCUGAGAUUUCGAGUGUGCCAGAUUACAUCUAUUUAAGAAAAUUAAUGAAAGAUAUUCAAUAUUUGGGAUUGGCUUAUUUUUUUACAAGGAAUGAUACUUAUGUUAAAAAGGCAAUAUAUAGAUUAAAUGAGUGGUUCAUAGAUCCAAAGACAAAGAUGAACCCAAAUUUGAAUUAUGGAAGUCUUAUUAAAGGUUUUGAAUUUGGAAGAAGAACUGGUAUUAUAGAUUUUCGACCCAUUUAUAAAAUUAUACAAUCUAUUUCAAUAAUGAGUUCUUCUAAAUCUUGGGAUAAUAAGAUCGAAUCAAGUUUCAAAAAAUGGCUUACUGAUUACUAUGAAUGGCUCACAACAUCAAAACAUGGUCGUGAAGAACACAAUGCAAAAAAUAAUCAUGGUACAUUUUAUGACGUUCAAGCGACUUAUAUUCUCCAAUACCUCGACCGAAUAGAAGAAGCAAAGGAAUUUGGUUGGAAAGCAUUAAAACACAGGGUUAAUACAGGUAUACUUGCGGAUGGACAACAACGUCAUGAAACUUCCCGUAGUACAAGUUGGUUUUAUUCCGUAUUUAAUUUGCAAGGGUUGUUCUUGCUGGCUGAAAGAACUACGCUGUUGGGAUUUGAUGGAUGGAACUAUAGAGGAAACAAUAAUCAAAGUAUAAAAACCGCUGUAGAUUAUUUGUUGCCGUUUGCAUUAAAUGGAGGUGAGGGAUGGAAGUUUAAAAACAUUGCUGGUUUCAAAUUUAAUGAUUAUAUAAGGAUUUUGGAAUUAAGUUGGAUUAUUUGGGGUGAUGAUAAAUAUCUCGAUGCAGUCGAGACUUUGAGACCAAAAUCAAAAUUAGAGCAAGCCUUAGGCAGUCAUGAAGUAUGGGAAGAUAAUUCCCUAUGCAUUUGGUCUUUGAUUAAUGAAAAAAGUUUGUGGUCUUGUUUUAAUUGA